CCACUGCCUUCUUAUUUGUUUCAGAAUGAUAACAAAUACUGAAGACCUCCAAGAGGCUUUCUGACCUUCCUCUCCCCAUGUAAAUUAUGCUGAGAACCUUUCCAGUGGUUCUGCUGGAAACCAUGUUUCACUACACUGAUGAACCCAGAUUUACCAUAGAGCAAAUAGAUCUACUUCAACGCCUGCGGCGUACUGGUAUGACACGGCACGAAAUCCUCCAUGCUUUGGAAACCUUUGACCGUCUUGACCAGGAACACAGUGACAAGUUUGGGCGGCGCUCUGCCUAUGGGAGUGGAUCCUGUAGUAACAGCACCAACAAUGUUCCAGCGUCUUCCUCUACAGCCACAGCUUCCACACAGACCCAGCAUUCUGGGAUGUCCCCAUCUCCUAGCAACAGUUAUGAUACCUCCCCACAACCUUGCACUACCAAUCAAAAUGGGAGGGAGAGUAACGAGAGGCUGUCUGCCUUCAAUGGGAAGAUGUCACCUACACGUUACCCUCUGGCAAAUAGCAUGGCUCAAAGGUCAUAUAGCUUUGAAGCCUCUGAGGAGGACUUGGAUGUAGAUGAUAAAGUAGAAGAAUUGAUGAGGAGGGACAGCAGCGUGAUAAAAGAGGAAAUCAAAGCCUUCCUGGCCAACCGGAGGAUUUCGCAAGCAGUUGUUGCACAGGUUACAGGCAUCAGUCAGAGUCGGAUCUCCCACUGGCUGUUGCAACAGGGAUCAGACCUGAGUGAGCAAAAGAAAAGGGCCUUUUACCGAUGGUAUCAGCUUGAGAAAUCAAAUCCAGGGGCUACAUUAAGCAUGAGACCAGCCCCUAUUCCAGUUGAAGAGCCAGAAUGGAGACAGACUCCUCCGCCAGUCACAGCUACCUCUGGGACUUUCCGCUUGCGACGCGGCAGUCGGUUUACCUGGAGAAAGGAAUGUUUGGCUGUCAUGGAAAGCUACUUCAAUGAGAAUCAAUAUCCUGAUGAGGCCAAGAGAGAAGAAAUUGCAAAUGCCUGUAAUGCAGUUAUUCAGAAGCCAGGAAAGAAGCUGUCAGAUCUGGAGCGAGUUACUUCCCUCAAAGUGUACAAUUGGUUUGCCAAUAGAAGGAAGGAAAUCAAAAGGCGAGCCAAUAUUGAAGCAGCAAUCCUGGAGAGUCAUGGGAUAGAUGUACAAAGUCCCGGAGGCCAUUCCAACAGUGACGACGUAGACGGAAAUGACUAUUCAGAGCAGGAGACUUGGCAAGUACGCAAUGGGGAGGAGGAGGGAAGAUGUACAGAGGGAGGCAGAGAAGCAGAGAAGUUAGAAGAAGACAGGAGGAUCUGCUCAAAACAAGAUGACAGCACUAGCCAUAGCGACCACCAAGACCCUAUCUCACUAGCCGUGGAGAUGGCAGCGGUAAAUCACACCAUUCUGGCGUUGGCCCGGCAAGGAACCAGCGAGAUCAAAACAGAGGCCCUGGAUGAUGACUGAUGACGCGAUGGAGGGGGAGGGCUCCCAGAUGAGAAAGUAACUUAGUUUUAGACGUAGCACCUUAGCAGCCUUUUUCCUGGUCCCUAAUAUGUGUCCUUCUUUACAAUAUAACUUUGCAGUCUCUUGUACGUCAAGUUUGCCGUUUAGGGUCUUGUCCUGUGAAGAUGGCAUGGUGCCCUCUGACUCUGCGUAUAAACUCUCAGUAUUAACUCCCAGUCAGAUAAUUAACCAAGCCGACUGACCUCCCUCUCCCAGUGCUCCCCCCUCAGCUAGAUGAAAACCUUUGCUGCUCUGUCUUUAGCAUUCCAUGAACGUGCUUCCAGGUGUCGUAGGCAGCCCUCGAUUCCAAGCCUUAGGCUAAAUCUAUAGAAAAACAACAAUACAAACUCGGAUUAUCCUUCAGACUUCCUGGUGUUAACACUUUUUAUUUCCUCUUGUUAUUGUUAUAAAGCCAAAAGGAGACAAUGGAGAUUCAGUGGUUUGAAGAAAAAUGUCCACUGGGUUGAGAGUUUGGACAGAGAAUGGGGUAAUGAUAAAGCUCAGAUCUGUUGUCAACAUCUUGUUACCAGGUGCCAAUAAGCUGGCCUCUCUUGGCAGUGCAGCAAUAUCAUCUUUACUGCUUUUCCAUAGGAUUAGUACCGUUUUCCAAAGGUCCUGGCUGGUUGGGAAUGAGAAGGGGAAAGUCCACCAGCUUGUUUUGAUUGACGUUUGCUGCUGAUGUGGUCAACAUAACCUUCCUCUUUUCUUUGCAAGUUGUGUUAUGGGACCACACAUUUUUUUCCUCAAUUCUAAGUUUCCCCAGUUAGGCCAAAGUUUCCAUCUAUAGAAGAAGCUAUGUCUCUCAGUGAGACUCACUGUGGCUGUGUUCCUUCCAAUAAGAGGUCAAUAAGGCAGAUGGUGGCUAAGGAAUGAUGUAGGUGUGUAGGUGUGAUUGGAUCAUUCACAAUUCUUUUAUCAGUUUGGUCAUAAAUAAGCCCUGACAAGUUCAUUCGCAUUUAAACCCACAUAAAAUACAAUUAUACUCUCAGACACCCCCACAAAGAAUACCUAUUCUUGGAGCAAGACAUGAUUUAUAUACAAAGGAUGAGCAUUGUGGAAGUGGAUAGUUAUUUUUAUACACACACACACAUACAUUCUAUGAUGCAACAGAAUGCUCUCCAAUUCAGCCUGUAAUCAGAAGUUUCAGACAACUUGGAUUGAAAAGUUUGUAAUUGCUUACUCGCAACACCCUAUCUCCAAAGUAUGGUGCACUCUAGGGAAAGAUUAAGAAGUAACUCGCAAUAUCCCUCUUCACUAGAGUUACAGAAAAUAUGCAUACAUGUAAAUUUCCAUGAUUUGCAUAGUAGAGAGUGCAGUGAUCCUUAUCUAUUAUCUGUGAUGUUGUCUCUCCAAGAUAACACAUCAUGAUGUUUUUACUUCUCUAAACUAGGCAUACAUUCUUUGCGUCUUUGUUUUGUUCUCCUUCAGCAGCUGGAAAGCUGUGCCUGUCUGAGCAGGUUAACUAAUUCUUGGAAGCCAUAUUACAGCAGGAACUAGAUGUUGCCAUGAGCCAAUGAUUUAGUGGCUCUUGUGCUCCUGGGCAACAGGAUUAUUUUUUUACUUUCCUAUUGUUAGGGCAAUCUGAGAUUGGAUUCAGAUAUUGGCUAUCUAGGAAAUUAGAAUUAGUGGUUAAAUACUGAUGGAAUGUGAGAUGAAUCUACUUCUAUAUAGCAAAAAAAAAUCAAAUUUGAGGGGUUUUUUGGUUUAUCUUGAUCAUAUGUAGCACUUUGUUAUUUUUUUCUUAACUAUAUAUAUAUAUAUUUGUAUUUUGAGCAUUUUUUAAAAAAUAAAUAUCAUUGGAGAAAUCAACAAUAACAUGCUGUAAGCUCAUGUUACAGUCAUCCAAUAAUAAACCUUGAACAUAGUCUAUGAGGAACAUCUCUGAUGAAAUGGACCUGGCCGAUUAGCAACAUGUGAUUCUCCUACACAAGCUGUUUUGAAAUGAAGGAAGGGUGGUGAUUGAAAAGCAAGACAUAUUUUCACCAGCUUGAUCGUAGCAUGUGGUUUUCCUCUUUCUUGUGCUCUUUUCACCUUCACCUUAUUGCAAUGUUCACAGAAAUUCUUCCCCAUUCAUUGUGCCCUUUGAGCUAUCUGUGCAUUGGUGAACAACUAGUAUACUUCAAAAUGAAACUGACAUGCUGACAGUCCCACGAUAUAGUCCCUGCUGGGGCCACAGUUCCCAACAUUUGGAAAUGUGGUUUGUUUGUGGCCUUGUUUCCAUCUGUGCUUUGCCAAGGCAGAUGAUAGAAAAUUUAGAGAAGUGGCCAAAAGCUUAAAAUCUUCAGAAUAUUGAAAUGUGACAUGAUGUUCUUAAAUUUGACAGGCCCCUUUUCUCAUUUUGGUGUGGGCAGUUGGGUGACAGUUCUGCCAUUCUCUAGUACUUUAUUUGAAAUCAUGGUUUCCCUCUUUGUAUAUAUCUUGAAUGCUCAGAUGUCUUACAUAAAGAGGGAGUAUCUGCCAAGAUCCUGUUGCUUCAUGUAGUAUGGCACCUACUAGUUUCAGUAACUGCAUAAAUAGGAUUUAGCUAUAUAAUUAGUAGCAGAAAUUUUGAAAAUAGAUUGAUAUGAAUACAUUUUGAAAAAGCGAUUGGCCAUAAAGAAAAAUAAAAUGCCAUCUUUUCGAGGGGCUGGAGCAGCCCUCUGCUGUUAAACUUCUGCUUAAGAAUAGUGGAUGCUUCCUUAUGCUGGCCAGAUUAUCUAAUGCAGGGGUGUCAAACUUGCAAUGUCACGUGACAUGUCACAGCAUAUCGGACUUUUUUGCCAUUGCCCGGCAAUGGGGUGGGCGUCGUUUCACUAUGAUGCAUCCAGCCCGUGGGCCGGCAGUUUGACACCCCUGAUCUAAUGUAACCUAUUCGUCAGCUCUGAAGCAAAGAAAUAUCUUUCCCAUCAACUGAUCUUUCUGAACAUAAUUACUAAGGGCUGAGCGGGAAGCCUUCUAUAUAUGUCCUCUAUUUCCCUCAGUGGAUCUAGGGCAGGGACUAGUUACUAUCUCCAUCACACAUUUUCUCCAUCAGGAUCCUUGAUGAUGGCUUCUCAUCACAGCCAUUUGACUCCAAUUAAAAUGUUAGAGUUUUGCUGAUAUUUUGCUGUUCAACCUUGCACAUUUCAUUGGCUAUAUUAUAUGUAAUUUUUAAAAAUCAACUGUUGAUCACUAAAGCAGAAGCAAACUGUUGUUGUCUGUCUUGUUUGUCUAUUGAGAGCAGGUAAACUCCAUGAGGAGUUUUGACCUUAGACUCAGGGAAAAAUGUAGGAGUUGUUUGGUAGCUGCAGAGAGAAUUUCUUCUUGUGACAUUUACAAGCAAACGUAUCUCACCUUGGCAGGUAACAAAGAAGUGAAACAACUUUGUUUUGUGGGCUAAAUGACCUGGUAAAAUAUAGCUAUUGCAGCAGAAAUUUAUAUUCUCAUUGCUACAAUAGUAAUAUCCUAAACUGAGAAGCAUUGAUGAAAUGAAGUCAUCAUGGUUUUUGCUAUUGAGCUUCCCAUUACUGUUUUGGUACUGCUGCUCACUGAGGUUUUAUUCUUUCUUUGGAUAUAGUUUUAGCAGGAUACUACCAGCUAGUUCAAGUAUAAACAGAAAAACAGCAAGAUUCUUGAAUAAGGCUUCCAUUGCAAAUUAUAUCAUUCAAUUUUAGUCAGUGUCUUCUAUUAACUUGUAGCCUUUCCCUGCUUAUCUAGUAGUACAGUUUCCUGAUAGGCCAUAAGUCUUCAUGGCUUGGCCUGAAGCACUUUUCAAUUAUGAUAAACAGUUAUUGGAUUCAGCCCUUUUAUGUAUUGCACAUACAGAUAAGUAACAGGAAGCAAUGGACAAGCUUUCAGUAUGCAGGCUGAACUUGUUAAAACAUUAGGUCAAUAAAUAGCCUACAAUUAUCUUAAUUCAAGAAGAAUUGUGCCUCUUGUUAAGAGAUUUUGAAUCUUUAAAAAGAGGAUCUCAGCAAGAAAUGUAUCAUGAAACAGUAAACUAGAAAACACAUUUAGAUAAGAUAAAAUACAAGCUUUGUUCAAAGGACAUAAACAUGUGGAUCCAAGUUUGUCAAGUUAUAAGUUCUUACCACAUUUUAAUGUUCUUUCAUUUUAUCUGAAUUCAGGGGCUAAGUUUCUUGUUACUGACAAUUAAACUGUGAUUGGCUUUUCUUCUUCAGUUAGGAUUAUCUGUUGCUUUGGAUGUUCAGAACCCCCAAAUUGAUUUUUUCUUAUCUUUCAAUGAUGAAGUCUCUGACAAAAGCUUUUACCUGUGCUUUGUAUAUAUCAUUCUGAUCUUUCAACACAAUCCAUUAGGUGUCUGACUUAUGUUAUGAAUAGUUGAAGAAUUUGAGAUACUAAGAAAGUAGAAUAUCUUACUUGCUCCAUGAGCAAGUAAGGCUUGCAAAUCAUCUUAAGCAAUUUGAGCUAUAAGCAUCCCUUAUGUCUGAAUUCUCAGCUAGCUUCCUGCUUACAAUCUGAAUUAUAUUUUCUCAUGAAAUGAUGAAUGGUGUAGCCUUGGGAUAUUUUCAAUACUACAGAAUUGCCUGGUUUUGAGAAAUCACAGUAAUAUUGCUGCUAUCGGAAGAGGAGCUCUCAGUUCUUGAGCGUCCAAGAUACCCAGUUCUACCUUCUAUAGUGUUAGAUUUAGAGGUUGUGCUUUGAGAUUGGCUUCAGACUUGAAUGAUGUAAUGUUUGAGAUAUGAUUUUGAUAGACUAGCCUUCUACAAUAUGAUGCUGUCCCCAAAUAUGAGGACUACAAUCCCAUGAUUUCCAGUCAGAAUCCUAAUUGUGAACUUUGAAAUUUGUGAAUCAAGACACAUGAAGAGAGCUCUAAUUGAGCAACAACAUUUUACAUCACCUGUUCCCCCCACAUUUCAUAUUGUGUAUCCUGCACCUUUUUAUAAAUGUUGCUUUACUUUCCAUUCAUUCAUUCUUAGUCAUAGACAUAGAAUUGGAGAAAUCGAAACUUGUUGGAAAAUUAUUAGUACAAGUACAUGAGAGAUUCCUUACUAGAAGCAAAUGUUUUAAAAGGGCUUCCUAAUAAAAUAAUGCUGCUGGUUUUUAACACUCUAUACUAUUUACUCUUCUUUUCAGUAUCCUGGACUGGAAAGAUUUUUAAGGCAAUAAGUGGAUUUCCUUGUGCUUGUGGUUGACAUCAUCCUUCGUGAAAAGACCCCCUUGAUAAAAUUUUAGUUGCAACUUCUAUGAGUAACAUCAGCUUUCUUCCAGUGGAGCAGUUUCCUCCCAUGCUUGUACUAACUGAAAUUGCAAACAAACUAAUAUUUCUGUUCCUACUAUGUUGUGAGUUCAUUAGCAACUGGCAUUCAGUAGUAUAUUUCCUCUGAACAUGGAAUAUUCAUAAUGAUUAUGAGUUUCAGCCUUUGAUCACUGAGCAAAAUAUAUUGAACUGUGCAAACAAUUUAAGCCAAUCACCCAGCUAGAGAAAAUAGUGCAAAAGGCUGGUAGCAUCUGUUGUCCAGGAAAAAUAUUUCUUCUAGUGAUUUGUUACUUGCUCUAUGUGAGACUAAGAAUAGCCAUUUUUCUAGAUACAUAGGAAGCUUGUGAUCAAAACGUGAUUUAGUUGAUAAGUUGAUUUUUUGGCAGGAAACGCUAACUUUUUGGCCUGGUACUGUUCUAAUAUAGGGAAGCCCAGUUGUUUUGUUGGUUAUCAAUUUCAUAACUUCUUGCAACUUUUGUUAUGGAUAAUCAUACUCUAUUGUCUUCCUAAGAUCAACUUGUUCUGUAUUUGAGAUAAUUCUGCAAAGAAUUCCGAUGUUCUAUGUAGAUCUCAAGAGGGUAUUUAAGCGAAUUCCUAUUUUGAUCAAAGAGCCAAGCCCCUCAACUUUAACACAAGUCCAGUUGUGUUAGAUGUCAAUUUCUAUAAUUUCCAGCUAGCACAACAGAGUCCCAUAAGAGUUGAAAUGCAGUUUAUCUAGAGGCAUCAAGCUGAGGAAGUCUGCCUUGCUUUGUGAUGUUGUUGAAGGGGAGCAAUAGCUUUAUACCCUAGAAGUUCAUGCCUAAAUAGCAAUAGCAUUUAAACUUAUAUACCACUUCACAGUACUUUACAGCCCUCUCUAAGUGGUUUACAAAGUCAGCAUAUUGCCCCCAACAAUCUGGGUCCUCAUUUUUCUGACCUCAGAAGGAUGAAAGGCUGAGUCAACCUUGAGCUGGUGAGACUCGAACUGCCAAACUGCUGGCAGCCAGGAAUCAGCAGAAGUAGCUGCAAUACUGCAUUCUAACUACUGUACAAGACCAUUUACCACCCUCCCGUGUUCAAAACAAGACUAGCUUUGGAAAGAGACUUUCAGCAGUGAGUUCUGUGGUCCAUUUGCUGUGAAUGAAAGAGCUGACUUCCAUAGCAGAUGGCAGUGAGCAGUUUCCCUGAUUUUUCAGGAUGCUCAGAAUCUGCUUGAUUAUUUCCCAUGUUUAGUAUCCAAUUCUAAAAGUGCCUAACUGAACCUGGUUUUAUAUGGGAGACUCUGGUCUUGUUUAUAUUUGUCCUUCUGAUAUGGGAGAAUGUGGCAGCCUAGAAUGUGAAUUAGCUUCUGGAACAAACUGGAUAGCAACCAUAGUUGCUUUUUUUUCUCUCUCUCUCUCUCUCUCUCUUUCUCUCCCCCCCUUCCAAUUGACUUUGCCCUUGUGGGCUGGGAAUCAUUGGAAUUGUAAUCAAACACAACUGUUGACCACUUGCCUGACUGUUUUAUAAUCUUGGAAUGACCAUGAUGAGAGAGCCUAACAAAAGAAUUGCUGUAAAAAAGUGCUGUAGCAGGUCCAUGUCCACCUCUUUCCUAUUCUUAUUCUCCCCUGCAAAAAAGUGCUGCCUUGUUGGAAGGUUGCAUUUUGUACUUCUCAUCUACAUUUCCUGUUAUGUGCAGAACAGAAGUUAUAAACAAUUCCCAGCAAUCUUCUAUGAAUGUGAAAAAGGUCUAAGAGUGACUCCUCCCUCCCUUUCCCUCAAUUAGUACUUUCAUCUCUAUAUUGGCUGGAUUCCUGCGCUGAAAGGAACCAGGAGUGUAGGAAGAAAUCUGUUAUCUUUCAUUCCAGAACAAUGUUUUAAGAUAAUGGGGAGAGAAGGCAUUAAACAUUAUACUAGGAAUUGGAAGUGAAUAUGUCUUGCAUAAGAGGAUAAGGAGGGACCAGAUUUAUUUUCUCCUUCCAUUGUGAGCUUGUAUAUGAGCUGAAAUACAUCGCAGCUUAAUCAAUUGCAGGUUGCUAUAGCUUGUGGGCAAGCCAAGUUUGUGCAUUUUCUAGCUUCCAUUCCAUUCCAGUCUCUUUUCCCUCCAUGUUCCUACUGUGGUGGCAGUCCGACACUUUGCCUGGUGUUGUUUUGGCCUGCCAUAAUAACUGAGUUCAGCCUACCUCAAGAGGUAAUUUGUGUCUCACUGUCUUGCAGCCACAAUCCCUUUUAUUUCUGUGUCCUUUUUGACAUAUGCAUAGAUACACACACAAACAACACUGGACUGUCUGUCACCCAGCCCCUUUGCUGUUGCCACCAGUUCUUAUUGCAGAUUGGAUGCUGCUUUAAAUGUGAAAAAAAAACAAUUGUUUUAAAAAGCUAUAUAAAGAAGAAAAAUAAAAAUAAAAACCUGAAUGAAAAGCUAAAGCUGAAUUUAUAAGCCUUGUUGCAUAUGAGCCAAAAGUGCAAAAAGCUCCAUAUAAUAAAUUAACCUGCCACUCAUAUAAAUAUAAAUAUAUAUAAAUAUAUUAAAAUCAGACUGUUCUACAAAAUUGUGUAUUUGUAUUUUUGUGUACGUACAAUUUUCUGCUAAGCAGAAGGAGGAUGUAGUAUAGGAUGUGAGAGAAUUUUUUUUAAUCAAAUUUCUUUUGCUACUUAUUUUUCUUAACAUUCAUCUCUGUCUCUGUCUUCUCUAUGUAUGACACAGUUUUGAAAAAGCUGCAGUCUCUCUCUCUUCUUCCCCAUCCUGCUUAAUUCCCCCCACCUCAUGAUCGAUUUCCAGGGUAUACUCUGCCACUGGUUUUGCAGAGAUACAGAAACUCUCAAAGGUUUGAUAACUCACUGCUUUUAGCAGUGUCAACAUGUGCUUUGUUGGGACUUGGCAUAGUUGCUUCCAAAGUGGUUGAAUCUUGUCAGUGAAUUUCUAUUUCCCUGAAGCAACCUGGCACUUGGCUAAAGUUGGUCAAGACUUUUGGCGAUCUUUGGUUUGAGAUCCCAACUAUCUUUGUGAACGCAUUCUUGCAAGAAAAAAAAUCAUUGUCAAUCAGACAGGCUUUAGUAGACAUUUGGGAAUUCCUAAGUACGAGCUCAAGAAUUGAGGGCAAAGGCAUUUGGCCAGGUUGAGAUUAUUACUCAAUUGAAAACUGAAAGGCAGACUAGUGUAGCCAUGAUUUGAACAAAAGUAGGAUGGUCUUAAGUGCUCAAAGUGUCUUGUGCAUAUUUGUUUGCAAUCCCAUAACCAUUCUAUUAAAAAAGCAAGUAAUCUAAAUAGGAAGACAUUUUGUAAAAAAAAAAAACCUAGUAGAAUGAUGAGAGAGCAAAAUUAGGAUUAUCUCAUAUCUGAUUAAUGUUUCUCAGUUUUCAUGUUUCUUCCCUCUUUGGAAAGAUAUUAGUGGAACUGCCACUUGUUUAUCAGUUAGUUUAAUCUGUCAAGGGAUUUAUUUCUUCUUUGAUAAGUGCAAGCCAAGUUCCCACAAACCUGCAUCUGUCCUCUUUGCCUCUAAAGCAUAUUUGAAUUUCAGAAUGGUUAAUACCUCAGAAAAUACAAGAGGCUUACUCCUUAGAAAAAAUAUGUGGGAGUAUUGAGAACUAUCCUGUUCUUAGUUGGUUAUAUGAGAACAUGCAGGAUGUUAAAUUCCAAAACAUUUUUCCAGCGUAACUUUUGUUGAGAAUUUUUUCCUCACCUUAAAAAAUAAGUUACGUAUAAGCUCUUACUCAAAGACGUGAGAGCCUUUUGUAUAUUGAAAUUUCCUUGACUGAUAAAAUCCAGCUUUCUCAUUUAGUUUCCCAUGUUUCUUCAUUUGCAGGUGGAACCCCUUUCUCUCCCUUUUAAAGCUAAUGCCUCAUAGUGUUGACCCUUAUCAUUUCUUCCAGGGGUGAGAGAGACACUACAUCUUUCUAAGUAGGGCUCAUAUUUAUACCAGUGUGUACUGACUGUGGAAGAAGUCCUUGUUUCUGUAUGUGAAUGGGGAAAGAAACAAGUGCUCUAUUGUAUUGAUUAAAAACUAGCUUAAAAACAAAUGAGUCCUGUAUCAUUGUAUCUCCUAUUCUGGAUUAUUAGUGCCUUUUUGGACAGUAGACUGUUCUGUAAUUAAAUUGUAGUAUAACUGCUUUUUUGUACAGUUUUGUUUUAAUAAACUUUUUUUAAUUUGUGUUUAUUUUAGUAUUGUACCUACUAGAAAAUUAAAAUGUAUAACUGAAAAAAA